UUCAGUCUGCUGGUACAAACACACUGUGAGCCUCACAGAUCAACAUGGGCUCUGGAUGUUCACAAGAAGACUGUGACCGGUUUGCUCGUAACUAUUAUCAAGUUGCUCUAGAAUACCCCUGCCUCCUGCCAGAUAUCGGCAUAGACGAGUCUCUGCUGAAAUAUUCUGGCAUUGACUCAAAUGCUGUGCUGCAGACCUACUCUAAUGAGCUGAUCAACAGCGCUCCAGGCUUCAUCGACACGAUGGGAUCAAGGUUGUCUUCAUUAAAUUCAGUCCCAAAUGCUGUUGGACUUGGAGCAUUGGUGAUUUCUAUGGUCUUGGAGAUCGUUAUGAAGAGCACCACUGAACCAACUGAGGAUACAUACAGCCUGCUGAGACGUGUGUUUGGUGAGGAGAAACGUUCAGCUGUCCGGGACACGAUGUCAGAGUACGUGAGGCGCCAUCACACCUUCAUGAGCAAUGAGCAACGAUUACGGGAGGAACUACGGAGACUAGAAGCACAGCUGAGCAACCACCUGACCAUCCUGAGAAACUCCCUGCUGUAUGACGGACAGAUGACCACCCGGGGCUUCAAAAUCUGGAUCAAUGGAGCCUCCUUCCACCUCCAGAUGUUGAUCCAUGAGGCUCAACUGAACAUUCAGGCCGGCAGACGCAGAUCAGACUAUGUUACUGCGAUCAAUGCUGCCAUCAGUUUGUAUCUGCAGAACCUGGAUGUUUUGCUGGAGAAGUACAAGAAUCACAACACCUAUCCUAAAAUACAUUGGGUUUCUGUUCCAGCCGUCAUUGGAGACUGUGUUAUGGCAAGUGAAAGAUGUGAAGUGUUGUAUCAAUCUGGUCCAUGUGGAACCUCACCAGUAAAUGAGGAUUUUAGGAAACUUGUUUUCUCAAAAUUUGACUCAGAGUUGAAGAGUCAUUUUUCAUACAUCAGGAACAACCUCAACUCUCUAAUUAACCAACGUGGUUCAUUCACUCUGCCAUCAGCCUCUUCAUAAGGUUAAGUGAGAAGAUUUCUGAUCUACAUGUUUUGUUGAUCUGUUCUUAAAAUCUCGGACUCAGUCAUGAGAUUAAAUGUUCAUAAUUCAUGUCUCUGCAUUAAACAGUGUUUUAGGUUCAAUGUGAAAUGUUAUGUUGACACAACACUGUGCUUCUGCUACACAACACCCACUUGGUUAGAGUUAGAAAAGUGUUUUUGCCUAAAAUACCUGUUUUUGUCUCCACAAACGCAGCUGGAAACGCGUCUCCUUAAUGUUUGUGUGAUGACACAUACAGGUCUGAAAGUGGUUGUAGGGAUUGUUGGAAUGUUGACUGCCAACAUUUCAUUAUGGUGAAUGAGUGAAGUGAUAAACUUUAUUCUGCUGCACAGAGAUGUUUGUUGUGAUUGUUAUCUAAUGAUGAUGAUGUUCUGAUGCAGACACACUGCUCUCUUGUUACAUGACGUGUUUCAAGACAAAUAAAAUACAUUUAUAUGAACAUUA